UCCUUCUCCUUCUCCUUCUCCUUCUUCGCUCUUCGCCUCUCUCCCUUUCGGAAUUCCUCCCGUUUUCGGCAGGCGGCGACGCGGGGUUGUGUGUGCGCGCGUGUGGUGCGGGGGGAAGAAAUCUCGCCGCCGGGACCAGGGGAAGCAUGGCGGAUCAGCUCACCGACGAUCAGAUCUCCGAGUUCAAGGAGGCCUUCAGCCUCUUCGACAAGGACGGCGACGGUUGCAUAACCACCAAGGAGCUUGGGACUGUAAUGAGGUCACUUGGACAGAACCCAACUGAGGCAGAGCUCCAGGACAUGAUUAAUGAGGUUGAUGCUGAUGGAAACGGUACGAUUGAUUUUCCAGAGUUCCUCAACUUGAUGGCUCGGAAGAUGAAGGAUACCGACUCCGAAGAGGAGCUUAAGGAAGCCUUCCGAGUUUUUGACAAGGACCAGAAUGGCUUCAUCUCGGCAGCUGAGCUCCGCCAUGUCAUGACAAAUCUCGGUGAGAAGCUGACUGAUGAGGAAGUUGAUGAAAUGAUCCGUGAGGCUGAUGUUGAUGGUGACGGCCAAAUCAAUUAUGAGGAGUUCGUCAGAGUCAUGAUGGCCAACGUAAGAGGCGAGACAAAGGAGGCAACCAUUCAGAGGAAAUUCGGUCAUCGGCUCGUGGCAAUUCUGUUCUUCUGCGCACUUUGGAGAAGGCAGAAGAGGGCGGAGAUGAACAAAUUGACCGGCACGAGUGGCUGCGUGCGCGUGCCCUCGAAGGGAGGUAAAGUCAACGGAACCACGAAACCCGGUCGCAAGAGACCCAUUUUCGAGUGCUUCUUCCUCUGAAAGCCAACACGUCUACCGCCUUAUUCGCACCGUGUCGAUCAUGGCUUCCUAUCUCCAACACUUCGAAUGUAAGGCAGCUUUUAACAAACGUGCCAAAGUCGUGUUUCUUUAAUAAGCAUAAUGAUGUGCACCGAAUGAACAAGUGGGCAUGUCCGGUAUGAACACAUUCGUGUAUGCGUAAAUCUUAUUAAUCUAGACAUUUUCCAGUGCAUCA